CGCCGGCGGCCGGAGACCCGAGCGGAGACCGGAGCGGAGACCGGAGCGAGCGGCCGCCGCGUCCGGAGAGCCCCGCGCGCAGCCCAGGCCGGAGCGGCGAGGAGCGCGAGCCCCCGCGGCCGCCGGGCCCCGCGCCAUCGGGCCGAGCGGAGCGAGCGCAGCGCCCGGAGCUCAGCGCGCCUGGCCCGCGCCCCGCGCCCCGCUCCGGGGAAUGCGCCCUCGGCGCGCCGGCCAGGGGCGCCCGCAGCCCACCCGGGGGGAGGCGGCCCCGCGCGCCCCUGAGCCUCCCAUGGCCCGGGCGGGGGCCCGGGGCCUCGGCUGCUGACGCGCUCGAAGCCCUCGGAACCCGCUCAGCCGGGGCGCGGCACCGGCACCGGCACCGACACCGACCCGACCCCGGUUCGGGCGCAGCGGCGAGAGGCGCGGGCAGGGCCAUGGCCCGGGGGAGGCGCUAGCGGGGCGCCUGCCGGGAGCCCAGGCCCGCCGCCGCGGAGGAGGUGUCCGGACCGCUGAGCUGCUCGGGGCCCCGGCCUCCCACGAUGCCUGUGGCCUGCCUCCUCCUCUGGGCUUCCCUCGUGACCGGGGCCUGGCCCGCCGCCCCCGCCCAGGACCCGCCGCCGGCCACGCCCCGCGUCCGGCUCUCCUUCAAAGAGCUGAAGGCCACGGGCACCGCCCAUUUCUUCAACUUCCUGCUCAACACCACGGACUACCGCAUCCUGCUCAAGGACGAGGACCACGACCGCAUGUACGUGGGCAGCAAGGACUACGUGCUGUCCCUGGACCUGCACGACAUCAACCGCGAGCCCCUCAUCAUCCACUGGGCGGCCUCCCCGCAGCGCAUCGAGGAGUGCGUGCUGUCGGGCAAGGAUGGCAACGGGGAGUGCGGGAACUUCGUCAGGCUCAUCCAGCCCUGGAACCGGACGCACCUGUACGUGUGCGGGACCGGCGCCUACAACCCCAUGUGCACCUACGUGAACCGCGGCCGCCGCGCCCAGGCCACGCCCUGGACCCAGACGCAGGUGGUCAGAGGCCGAGGCAGCAGAGCCACGGACGGUGCCCUCCGCCCGACGCCCACAGCCCCACGCCAGGACUACAUCUUCUACCUGGAGCCUGAGAGACUCGAGUCCGGGAAGGGCAAGUGUCCCUAUGACCCCAAGCUGGACACGGCCUCGGCCCUCAUCAACGAGGAGCUGUAUGCGGGCGUGUACAUCGACUUCAUGGGCACGGACGCCGCCAUCUUCCGCACACUGGGCAAGCAGACGGCCAUGCGCACCGACCAGCACAACUCCCGCUGGCUCAACGACCCCUCGUUCAUCCACGCGGAGCUCAUCCCGGACAGCGCGGAGCGCAACGACGACAAGCUGUACUUCUUCUUCCGGGAGCGCUCGGCCGAGGCCCCGCAGAGCCCCGCCGUGUACGCCCGCAUCGGCCGCAUCUGCCUGAAUGACGACGGCGGCCACUGCUGCCUGGUCAACAAGUGGAGCACCUUCCUGAAGGCGCGGCUGGUGUGCUCCGUGCCCGGCCACGACGGCAUCGAGACGCACUUCGACGAGCUCCAGGACGUGUUUGUGCAGCAGACCCAGGACGUGCGGAACCCGGUCAUCUACGCUGUCUUCACCUCCUCCGGCUCCGUGUUCCGAGGCUCCGCCGUGUGCGUGUACUCCAUGGCCGACAUCCGCAUGGUCUUCAACGGGCCCUUCGCGCACAAGGAGGGCCCCAACUACCAGUGGAUGCCCUUCUCCGGGAAGAUGCCCUACCCGCGGCCGGGCACGUGCCCGGGCGGGACCUUCACGCCCUCCAUGAAGUCCACCAAGGACUACCCGGACGAGGUCAUCAACUUCAUGCGCAGCCACCCGCUCAUGUACCAGCCCGUGUAUCCACUGCAGCGGCGGCCCCUGGUGGUCCGCACGGGCGCCCCCUACCGGCUCACCACCGUCGCCGUGGACCAGGUGGAUGCAGCCGACGGGCGCUAUGAGGUGCUUUUCCUGGGCACAGACCGCGGCACAGUGCAGAAGGUCAUCGUGCUGCCCAAGGACGACCAGGAGGUGGAGGAGCUCAUGCUGGAGGAGGUGGAGGUGUUUAAGGACCCCGCACCCGUCAAGACCAUGACCAUCUCCUCCAAGAGGCAACAACUGUACGUGGCCUCGGCCGUGGGCGUCACGCACCUGAGCCUGCACCGCUGCCAGGCCUACGGGGCCGCCUGUGCCGACUGCUGCCUGGCCCGGGACCCCUACUGCGCCUGGGACGGCCAGGCCUGCUCCCGCUACACCGCCUCCUCCAAGAGGCGGAGCCGCCGGCAGGACGUCCGGCAUGGGAACCCCAUCCGGCAGUGCCGGGGCUUCAACUCCAACGCCAACAGGAACGCGGUGGAGGCGGUGCAGUACGGCGUGGCCGGCAGCGCGGCCUUCCUCGAGUGCCAGCCCCGCUCGCCCCAGGCCGCCGUCAAGUGGCUGUUCCAGCGCGACCCCGGCGACCGGCGCCGCGAGAUCCGGGCAGAGGAGCGCCUCCUGCGCACGGACCAGGGCCUGCUGCUCCGCGCGCUGCAGCCGGGCGACCGCGGCCUGUACUCGUGCACGGCCACCGAGAACAACUUCAAGCACGUGGUCACGCGGGUGCAGCUGCACGUGCUGGGCCGGGACGCGGUGCACGCCGCCCUCUUCCCGCCGCCGGCCAGCGCCCCGCCCGCCCCCGGCGCCGGCCCCCCGCCGCCCGCGGACCAGGAGCUGGCCCAGCUGCUGGCCCGGCCGGAGGUGGGCCUCCUCCACCAGUACUGCCAGGGCUACUGGCGCCACGUGCCGCCCGGCCCCCGGGAGCCCGCGGACCAGAAGCCCCGGAACCGCCGCCACCACGCCCCGGACACCUGAGCAGCGCCCGCCCGCCCUUACUAUAAAGACACAUAGAUAUAUAUAUAUAAAACGUCUAUAUUCUACACGCCCGCCCCUCAGAGACAGUAUUUAUUGGUGGUUGUACACACCCGCCCCGGCCGGUCAGAGACGGACGCAGAGGACGGCCACCCGGCCCCGCCGCCCGGCCGCCCGCCACGGCCGCCGGCCACGGCCGCCGCCGGGACCCACGGGACACGGACCCACGGACUGGACCCCUGGCCGGCGCGCGCUGUGCCGGGCCGCCCACGCCGUGGACGGGGGACUCCGCCGACGGGCGGGAGGGCCGGCUGGCUGCGCACGGAGGGGGCGAGCGUGCGGCCAUCAUGGACGGCCCUGCCCGGGAAGGGCUGGGUCAAGGCCAGCCCGCCCGGGUAUUUAUUCUCUAUUUAUUGGGGAUGAGAAGAGGACGCCGUGGAUGGGGGCCCGUCAGCCCUCCCUGCCUGGCCGCGCCCUCUGGGCCGUGGCUGCCGCUGUGGCUCGGCUGGCGCAUUGCAGCGGGCUGGGCACCGGCGGGGCUGCGGGCACAAGCCUGGGGUUGGCCGGGCUCCCUCCUGCGCCCGCUCUGGGCGAGGGGUGUACAUAGCUCUGGGGGCAGGCGGAUGGGGCUCCCGGAGGCCCUCGCCGCCCCGGCCCCCCGGGCUCCAUCUUGUUAAUAAACACUGGCUCUGGGACUGGA